AUGAGGUUCUUACUUGCUAAUCCACCAGUUCGCUUGCAGAUCUUACAGCUGGGGCAGAUAAGGCAAUUCUCUCAGACCAAUUCGAUCCAGGGACCUAAGGCAGUGAAGUUUUUGAAAGCUCAGAGGAAAAGACAACUUAAUGAGGCCAAACAAUUGAAGCUACAAACUGCUUUGGAUACCGUUGAUCCUGUUUUUGGUCGCAGCAAUACCCCUUUUGUCAUUCGUACGCUUGCGGAAUUGAAAGAACCCAAGGUACUAGCCCAAGGUUUCCAGGCUCAAGAGGUGGAAAAACUUUUAGCCUCCGUUGAAGCGGCUAGAAAGGAACAACUGGAACUUGCAGGUUUCAAUAACUCUUCAUUGGACUCGAAGAGUGAUUUGGCAUCUUUAGAAAGCUUAGAAUCCAAGCGAGAAUCGAUCUUGAGAAUACUAAGCAUGAGGAAUGCUAGCAACAAAGAUGCCAUGAAGCUUGUAGUGCGUCAGGCUAGGGAGGAAUUUCAGAGGUUUGAAGGUGACACUGGUUCCAGUGAGGUGCAGGCCGCGAUAAUGACUGUCCGUAUUCAAAAUUUGGCGAAGCACGUCCAAGAAAACAAAAACGAUCAGAAGAACACCAGGAUACUCAGAAUGUUGGUACAACAAAGGCAAAAGAUAUUGAGGUACCUAAAAAGGGACAAGCCUGAAAAAUAUUUCUGGACGAUUCAAAAGCUAGGUUUAAGUGAUAAUUCAGUGGUAAGUGAGUUCAACAUGGAUAGACGCUACAUGCAGGACUACAAGUUCUUCGGCGACCGCAUCCUCAUCAAGGAUUCUAAAAAGGUAGCUGAUAAGAAACGUAGAGAUCUCCGUAAGCAGAAGAGAUCUGCUAGAAGAGCUCAGAUUUAA